GUAGUCCGUGACGAGUGCUGGAAAAAUGAUAAAAGUUAAUGGCAAAAGUGUAACAAAUCUUCUUCAGGGCAGCUUCCUGACGAACUAUAGACAAAUAUCCACGUCAGCGCCACUAAAUGGGAAAAGAAACUUCCGUAAAUUCGUUGUCGCCAACAAGCGUGGGAGCAGACAGUUCAAGGAGAUGCAACGCGGCCCGGAGCCUCUUCUUCCAAUCGACAAGCGCGGCGUGCGGGACACAGGCAUCACAAUCAAAGGCAGAUACUUCGAAAUUCCAGAAAAAAUACCAGAGUUGAUUGUUCCCGACCUCACAGACUGCAAGCUUAAACCGUACGUCUCGUACAAGACACCGGACAUCGUGCAGUCCGAGUUCACGAGUCUGGACCUCUUCAAUUCGGUCUACGCCAAGAAAAUUGUUGAAGAUUUCAACCAGGGGAAGCUGGAUAGUCAGGGGAUGCCGUUGGAACCAUCAAAGGAAGAGAAACUCACACCUGAAGAGGCUGUUCAAAAUGCGCGGAAAACGGGGUCGGAUAUUUUUUAGGAAAUUCGUUUUAGAAAUGCUUUAACGCUUAGAGUACGGUUUAAUAAAGUUUAUUGUUGAAAAAA